UUACAUGUGCAUUGAAGUUGUGCCAUGCGCUAAUCCGCAACUAAGUAGAGCCAGACACGAAUAUCCAAAUAUAUAACGUUUAAGGCGUAAUUGAAAAAACAGCAAAAAACGUAAUACCAAAAUUUACACUUCGUUCAUGAACCUUGAACCCAACAGGUGCUUCAUUGGUUUUUUGGCACUCGUUAUUUAGCCAGACAAAAAUAAUUAUUCGGCGAAGUGUUAUAGUGGCAAUUGUAUGACCCCCUCAAGUCCCCGCUGUUGAACAUUUUUGUCUCCGACUGUCGCGUUUGAUGAUCGUGUGGAGAAUAUAAUCAAAAACACUGCUAGCCUUGGUUAGACGCCGUGUAAGAAGAGAGUAAAUCGCUAAAAGGGUUAUCUGUUGUAGCUACUGAAGGAGAUGAUGCAGGUAGAGAUGAAGUCGAUAAUUUGUGUGUCUAUCCUUAUCUUUUGUGGGCUUGUUUCAGCGAAGAAGCCAUUGGUAUCAAAGUUGGACCAAUCGUUGCGAUAUCGAAGGAACGUAGACGUAUCCAACAAGUACACCCAACUGACUAUAAACACGCUGAGAGUUCAUUUGAACAACGAAGAUCUGUACUUUUGUGGUGGCGACCCGUACGCCGGCGUCCAGUGCCCUGAAGAAAUUAUGUGCGUUGAUUGGCAGCAACUUUGUGAUGGCGAACAGACGUGUGGGGUACCGUAUAAGAACCAAUGUGUUAAUCGUACCAUUGCAAGUUAUGGUACAAACGAUAAGCGCAUGUGUGACGGCGAUGAGAAUGAACGUUGGUGUGUCUGGAAGGAAAUGGCCCCUCAAAGGUGUGGAAAAGAUUAUUUUAUCGGCGGAGAUAAAAAAUCGAAGCGCCGGAGACUUCGUUCAAUGAAUUUCCCUAAAAACUAUGACAACGAUCGCUUUUGUUUUUGGAGGAUUCGAGUUCCAGAGGGCGACAGAAUUAGUAUCUAUUUCCGCCAGUUUAACACGGAGCUAAACUAUGACUACGUAAGCGUAGGAAACGGUGAGAAAUACGAUAAUGACCGGGAAACAGUUAUUUAUAAACACAGCGGUGAGAAAUUACCGAAACCGAAAGCUUUUACCAGUACAGGUGUGUUACAUUGUUAUUGUUUGAUGCCAAAUCUGCUUCGAUCAUUUAGUGGAAGUAAACCACCAAACAAUAUUGUAUCCAAAAGCAACCAGAUAUGGGUCAAGUUUGAAACAAAUGUUGCCAUCAAUCGCAAAGGCUUUGAAAUUCAUCUUAAGGAAAAAUACUUCUCCGAUUGCGGUGGUCAACUGCAGGUAAAAGAAGGAAGCAGCGUCACAAUGGCGUCACCGAACUUCCCUGAUAAGUACGAUCCUUCCCUUGAUUGUAAAUGGAGGUUUUCCAUCAGUCGAGGCCGUCAAUUAACCUUUGUAAUCCUUGAGUUUAACACAGAGGAAAAUUACGAUAAAUUUUCUCUGGGUGACGGGUUAGGUCCUGAUGAAAACAUGACAAAUGCAUUUAUUACACGAUACAGUGGGCACGAUUUACCGUCUCCUCCUGUUUACACGACGACUGGAUCCGAAGCCUGGAUGAUUUUCACUUCAGAUAACGUGUCUCAGAUGGAGGGUUUUUUGGUACAGGUUUACGACAAGGAAUAUUAUGAUGAACUUUUUCCGGCGGAUGACGAACAGUCUUUCAGUUUCGAGUCAGUUCCUUUAUCUGUUGUGGAUGAAACGGUCGGCUAAUUAUCUAUAUUAUUAACGUGUCGAUCAGGAAAGGCAAUAUGAAAUUGAAGUAAUACACCGUGUAUGCUGAUUUCAAUCUACGAAUAGGUUCUCAACUCGUUAUAUUAAUUUUUCGAUUUUUAUAACUUAUUUUCGCUUCCAAACAAUGUGAUGACGUUACUAAUAACAUGUUGUGUAAUAAUCUUAAUCCCGUGUUUUAAAAGAUUUUUGUUAAUUUAGAAGAAGAUCUGCUGCAUAUCAUAUCAUUUGUUUUCUUUAAAGUUCUUUUGAAGUCAUAGUUUAUUUGAAAUUGCUAUUUAAGUGGAACUUUUCAAGAAUGUUCAUUUUAACUUAUUUUCGAACACUAUAGAAACUUAGCUAGCGCUAUAUUAUUUCGAUCGUUAGGGUAAAUAGAAUCACGGUCUACGAUGAAUUGCAUAAUGUUCAUAGAAAGUUAAAAAGGGUGGAGACGGCUAUGGUUUCUAAAAUUGCUAAUAUGCGAGUUCAGUGUAGUGUAAUUGUUAUUCGAUAUUAUAGAAAACAUUAAAAGUUGAUUAGAUAUGUCAUAAUUACAAUGACAUUUCUAGAA